AUGGAGGGACAGACCCCAGAAGGCAGAGGCCUUCCAGAAAAGCCCCUCCCUACUGCAGGCAGCCCCGGGCUGUCCUCGCUGGGUGCCGUCUUCAUCCUCCUGAAGUCCGCGCUGGGUGCUGGCCUGCUCAACUUCCCCUGGGCCUUUGCCAAGGCGGGGGGUGUGGCCCCCGCCUUCCUGGUGGAGCUGGUCUCCUUGGUCUUCCUGAUCAGCGGGCUGGUCGUCCUGGGCUAUGCAGCCUCUGUCAGCGGCCAGGUCACCUACCAGGGCGUGGUCAGGGGGCUGUGUGGCCCCAGCCUCGGGAAGCUCUGCGAGGCCUGCUUUGUCACCAGUCUGCUCAUGAUCUCCGUGGCCUUCCUCAGGGUGAUCGGGGACCAGCUGGAGAAGUUGUGCGACUCGCUCCUCCCUGGCGCCCCGGCCCCACAGCCCUGGUACGCCGACCAGCGCUUCACCCUGCCCCUGCUGUCUGCUCUGGUCAUCCUGCCCCUGUCCGCACCGCGUGAGAUCGCCUUCCAGAAGUACACCAGCGCCCUGGGCACACUGGCCGCCUGCUACCUGGCCCUGGCCAUCACCGUGCAGUACUACCUCUGGCCCCAGGGCCUUGCCGGCGAGCCCCGUGAGUCACUGAGCCCUUCCUCCUGGGCCUCCGUCUUCAGUGUCUUCCCCACCAUCUGCUUCGGAUUUCAGUGUCAUGAGGCCGCCGUCUCCAUCCACUGCAGCAUGCGCAACCGGAGCCUCCCUCACUGGACCCUGGUCUCUGUCCUGUCCUUGCUGGCCUGCUGCCUCAUCUACUCGCUGACAGGGGUUUAUGGCUUCCUCACCUUUGGGACGGGCGUCUCUGCCGACGUCCUGAUGUCCUACCCAGGCAAUGACACGGUCAUCGUCGUCGCCCGCGUGCUCUUCGCGGUCUCCAUUGUGACUGUCUACCCCAUUGUGCUCUUCCUAGGGAGGUCGGUGAUGCAGGACUUCUGGAGGCGGAGCUGCUGGGGAGCACUGGCCGAGCCCUGGGGGCUGCGGGUCCGGAUGCUGCUGACCGUCCUGUGGGUCACUGUGACACUCACCAUGGCCCUGCUCCUGCCCGACCUGGGUGAGAUCGUUGGCAUCGUUGGCGGCGUGAGCUCCUUCUUCAUCUUCAUCUUUCCAGGUCUGUGCCUCGUCUGUGCCGUGGAUGUUGAGCCCCUGGGACCAAGAACCAAGUGCUGCCUGGAGGCCUGGGGCGUGGUCUCUGUGCUGGUGGGCGCCUUCAUCUUCGGGCAGAGCAUGGUGGCGGCUGUCUUGGAACUGCUCUGAGCAAGAAGGGGCCCGAUGGCCAGGCUGGAGUGGCCCUGUGUCCGGCUGAGAUGGCACAGAGAUGCUGGGGAACCUGUCCCUCGGCCCUCCCCCGCUUGUCUGGAAUCAGCUGAUCCGAGGUUUCUGGAGUGAUGGUGAGCAGGGGCCGCACUGGGCCCCUGUGGCCUCUGACAGAUGCAUGUCACCUCACCUUUCAGGAGGCCGGCAGCCCAGAAUCCAGGCGUCGGCAGGGCCGGGCUCGCUCUUGUUCCCGCUCCCACUCCCACCUGCUCGUGCCCCCAGAGGUGCCUGCAGUCGUCCUUGGGUCUCCGCUCAGUGUGCGGGCCUUUGGCUCGGUCUCCGCCUCUGUCCACGUGGCCUUCUCCCCGUCUUUCUCAGCAUCUGAGCCUCUCUCUUAGAAGGACAUGAGAGUGAUCACUUAGGGCCCACUGUAACGUAGCGUGAUUUCUUCUUGUCUUGAUUGCAUCUGGAGACCAGCAGGUGGCACAAUGGUUACAUGGCUGGACUCUCAUGUAGUCAG